AUGAUGCCGUUCUUGGAAAACUUACCGCAAAAUGAACGCCUUGCUCUUCAGGAGCAGAAACGUAUGCUGUUAAUCCUGUGGCGUUAUGAUCAAAAGAAAGCUCGUUUCACAUGGCUAAAUGUUCGUUUGACAGGGCAAGAUAGCAGUGCCGUGGAGCACGAACUUCAGCUGGAUCUGGAAGCUCACAUCAAAGGAACAGCAAAGUUGGAUUAUCAAGCAACACUCAAUUCCUUG